GAUCUUCGACAAUGUACCCUCUACGCACGUUGCGCUCCGAAGCCGGAGAUUCUUCAGGAGAUGUAGACUUUACAAUAAAUAAUUGUAAAGUGAAACAUUUUUUGCGAGACACAUACAGCAAUUUAUUUAAGUACAAAUAGAUCGAUUUGUGUUCUUCUUAAAAUCUACUAAUAUGCCAAUAAAAACCUUGCAAAAACAUAAACUAAUUUCCAUUCUGGCAAUAAUAAUAUAACGUAUUAAAUACUUACGAUUUGUAUUGUUGAUUGCUUUUAGUCGAACCUACAAUCGUUGAAUGUCAUUGAAGUUGAGAUUUUUUUUCAGAAACUCAUGUAUUAUUGCGGUUACAAAGACAUUCUCGGCCACUUUUUCUCUUUCUUUAACUAUUUCAGUUACGAUUCACAUUAAUUUAGUUCAAUCAAUAAAAAAAAAUCACUUGGCCCGAAAAUGACGUUUCUAGAAAGCAUAGACUUCGAAAAUCUUCCAAGUAUACCGGAUUAUUAUAGAGGAAAAACCGUCUUUAUGACUGGCGGAACAGGUUUUUUGGGGAAAGUUUUAAUAGAAAAGCUUCUCUACUCGUGCCCAGAUCUAGACAGAAUAUAUUUGUUGCUCAGACCAAAAAAGGGAAUGAAUCCUGAACAGAGACUGUCUGCUAUUUAUGCUUCUAAUUGUUUCGACCGUCUUCGCGAAGAGAGGCCAAAUAUCUUCGAGUCCAAAGUAUUCUUCAUAGCAGGAGACUGUGGCGAAUUAAGGCUAGGUUUAUCUGAGGAAGAUAGAGCACUGUUAAUAAAUCGAACGCACAUCAUUUACCAUGCUGCUGCUAGCGUGAGAUUUGAUGAUCCACUUAAAGCAUCUGUGAAACUCAAUCUCCGAGGCACCAUUGAAAUGAUCGAAUUAGCUAAUCACGUGCAAAAUUUAGAAUGCUUUGUCCACGUAUCAACAUCGUACGCAAACACUAAUCGCAAUCUUAUAGAGGAGGUCAUGUACCCUGCCCAUGAUAAUUGGAGAGAGUUGCUGAAUAUUUGCGAGGAUAUUGAUGACCAUACUUUGAACGUCUUGACGCCCAAAUAUAUUGGCGGGAUGCCUAAUACAUACGUAUUCGUUAAACAGUUAGCAGAACAUGUGGUUUAUGAGCAGAAAGGAAAACUGCCUGUUGUAAUCACGAGGCCAUCAGUAGUUGUAGCAAGCAUCAGCGAGCCGGUACCUGGUUGGAUGGGAAACUUUAAUGGACCAAUCGGCCUUAUAAUUGCGAGUUCAAAAGGUAUUCUCCAUACCGUAUAUGGCGAUCCUAAAAUCACUGCGGAUUACAUUCCUGUGGACGUGGCUAUUAAAAGUUUCGUAGUUGCAUCCUGGAUCCGAGGAACAAAAAAGUUGGAAAAAACAGAUGACGUCCCAAUCUACAACACUUGCAAUGGUUCCAUGGGGUUCCGCGUAACUAAUGAAGAAAUAUUUUUGCUCGGCCACGAUACUAUUGCUUCUUACCCGUUGGAUAAUAUGAUUUGGAGUGUUGGCGGGACAAUAACUAGUAACAAAUCUAUUCAUUAUAUUAAGAUAUUAUUACUUCAUGUACUACCGGCUUUAUUCCUCGAUACUCUUCUGUGGAUAUUUGGAAAGAAGACAAUGGUACUUAAAAUCCAACGGCGUAUCUACUCAGCGAACGUUGCUCUUCAGUUAUUCCUCACAAAGGAAUGGACAUUCUCGAACAAAAAUUACCUCUCGCUCCGUUCAAAGAUAAAAGAAGUAGACAAGCAACAUUUCUUCUAUAUCAUGGAGAACAUCGAUAUACGUGAAUAUUUUAAAGAUGCUAUAAUUGGCGCAAGAAGAUAUUUGCUACACGAAAAGGAUGAGAAUUUGCCUAAAGCUAGAGUACAUUAUAAAAGGGUCACGUUAUUAGACAAAAUUGUCAGAACUUUGUUCUACAGCUACAUAUUUUGGAAAGUAAUUCACACAAAUUUCGUACGUAAUCUUUUCGUCAACGUAUUAUAAUAACGUUUUAUAUAAUUUUGAUA